UCAUGUUGCCUAUCCUGUGAUUUCGUAAUAAUAGUGUCAUUGACGCAGUGUUGAAAUGUUGAGAUUGUGGAAGGUGAUGUAUAUGUCCGGAGAAGCGUCGAGGAAAGGGAAGUCCGCUGCCGAAAUAAUUCAGCAGAUAAAUGCUAAAAAUGCAAAGCUCCUUGCUCUGGCACUAGUAAUAGGUUUUACUGUAUAUCAUGGAAUGCUCCACUUGAGAUACGGAAUAGAUUCAUGCAAAUGGCUUCUGUCAGAUGGCCGGUACAAAGGAAACCAAGAGUGGCAACCUUAUGGGUGUAUGAUGCACCGUUACAGUCAGACGGACACAAGGCGAUGUCUGAGGUAUCUUGCAUUCUGGGGAAAGCACAACCAUUUUGUUUUUAUUGGUGACUCACGUAUACGUCAACUGUACUUGGCAUUUCUGAAUCAUCUGGACCCUCAUGAGGGUACUACUAUAACCAUUCCACCAGACAGACAUCACUCAGACCUUUCUUUUGGCGAUUCUAAACUUCGUCUUCAUGUUGAGUUCAUUUGGAGCCCUUAUGUAUCAAAACACAUGAUUGAUGAUUUCCAGAACUGGAAGGUUAAGAAUGAGCCUCCCAGUAUGAUUGUGGCAGGAAGUGCAACAUGGUCCAUCAAAGAUUCAAAUGCUUCAGUACAUGCACUGCAGGAGUAUUCGUGGAACCUUACACGUCUUGUACAGGCAAUCGAUGCCAUCUCUUCCAAGAGGUCUCAUGUGCUGUGGACCCUACAGGAGCCUGUGAACACUGAGAAGUUGCAUCCUGCAAGAGCCAUGAUCACUAAUGAACAGAUUGAUAUGUACAACAAGGCAGCCAUGGAGAUUCUUCAGCACAGUUCAGCUCAGCUCUGGUCCAGUUCUCGGCUUGUGGCACAGGGCAACCUGGAGGAGAGUGAAGAUGGUAUACAUCUUGGACCAUUGGCCCUCAAGCAUGACACACAGAUCUUACUGAACAUGUAUUGUAACGACCACAUGAACUUCAAUGAUGGCACAUGUUGCAGCAGUGCUGAGCCGUACACCACAUUGCAGGUUGUCACAUUUGCUAUCCUUGGUGUGAGUUCCGUGUUAUCAUUUGUUCUGGUGUUGCACGGGUGGAUGCAGAAGUGGAGGGGAACUGCACCAGUUGCAUACUUCCCUCUCACUGAACUGAGGAAGCAGCAGUCACCCCCUGAGUCUGAUUUGUACACAUUGGUGACAUCACUGGCCAGGAUGGGCAUCAUCAUGGCUUAUUUCUUCCUUUGUGACAGAACAAACUUCUUCAUGAAGGAGAACAAAUACUUCAGUCAAGUCAGUUUCUGGCUACCAUUUGGUUAUGUGUUUGCGCUUGGACUUUUCUUCACUGAAGACAGCCGCUUUACAAAGGUGUUGCAUCGUGACCAAACGGAUGAGUGGAAAGGUUGGAUGCAGUUGGUGAUCCUCAUCUACCACAUGACAGGUGCGAGCGGUAUCCUGCCAAUCUACAUGCAUAUUCGUGUUCUAGUGUCCUCAUAUCUCUUCUUGUCUGGAUAUGGGCAUUUCUGUUACUUCUGGCAGCGUGGAGAUGCAGGGCUGGUCCGCUUCUUCCAGGUUUUGUUCCGACUGAACUUCAUGACCGUCACAUUAUGCUUGUGUAUGAACCGCCCGUACCAGUUCUACUACUUUGUACCACUGGUAUCAUUCUGGUUCCUCAUGGUCUACCUUGUGUUGGCACUACCGCCACAAGUUACUGCUGCCUCCUCAGAGAGCAACCCCCUGCACUAUCUGUACCUGGUGCUCAAGUUUGUAGGCUUGUUCAGUGUCAUCACCAUUCUCUACAUGUCUGAGGUUUUCUUUGAAAAGGUGUUUGUCACACGACCAUGGAAAGCUCUGUUUGUGACAACAGAUGAUGAUAUACAUGAGUGGUGGUUCCGCUGGAAACUGGAUCGAUACAGCAUAUCGUAUGGGAUGGUGUUUGCGGUGGCAUACCUUUUGGCACAGCGAUACAAUUUCCUGGAUGACAACAACCACAGCAAUCUCUUUUCACCAGGCAUUGCACUGUCAGCAACUCUGGCAUCCAUCAUUGGCAUGGGCAGCUACACAACAUUCUCAUUCCUGUGCCGCAACAAGCUGGAAUGUAAUGAGAUCCAUUCUUACACUGUGUUUGUGCCUAUCGUGAGCUACAUUGUGCUUCGCAACAUAUCUGGAGUUCUAAGGACUCGAUACUCCAGUUUCUUCGCCUGGUUUGGUCGGAUCUCGUUGGAACUGUUCAUCAGUCAGUACCAUAUUUGGCUCGCAGCAGACACACAUGGUGUUCUGGUUUUGGUACCAGGAUAUCCUGUUCUGAAUGUGAUGGUCACCUCUUUCAUCUUUGUGUGUGCAGCGCAUGAAGUGCAUCGUUUGACAUUUGUUCUCAUGCCUUAUGCUGUUCCAUCUGACUGGAAGCUUGUGCUGCGCAAUGCUCUGCUGUUUCUUGGAGUACUAGUGCCCAUUGGGAUUCAUGACGGUAUGUUCUGAGAGUCAUUUGUUGAGGAGAAGUGUCGCACGAGAAAAUGUCUUGUAGAAAUAAUAUACAACUAAGACAAAUUUGAUACACACUUGAAGAUUCUUGACAUUUUCUUUAAUGUUUUAAUUGCCAGACAGUUUUGUAGCAAUUGAACAGCACAUGCAGUGAAGUCCCCAUUCAUUCUUUUCCAUGGGUCAGUGGAUUUGAACAUUAAACCAAAGAAAACCUUAAGUGGAGGUAAUUUAACACUGAGAUAAUAGAGUUAGGACUACAAACUUUGAAUGCCAUAUGAGGGAGCACUUUAAAUUAAGAAAUGUUAAAUGGUGAUUCCCCUACACUGAGAUCUGCAUAUGACCAAGAUAAGCAAAGAGUAUUGAAAAUAACUUAAUAUUUUAGAGCCAUUUCUUAACGUAUAUAUAAAUAUGUCUGACAGAAGAUUGGCUUCUAAGCCUUAGCAAGAUCAGAUCCUGGCAGGCCUAGCACAACCUGCCUUAUCAGCUAAAAGGUUCAUUGACAGUGAAAGGGUACUUUUUGUGAAUUAGAGGUUUGAAAUAUUGUUUUCAAAUCCAUAAUUCGACAUGUGGUAACAACCAGUGUUUCACAGUUCUAUGCUGAUAAAGACUGAAGUAUGAACAACAGUUUCAGUUUAUGAGUGUUUUGGCUGAUGUUGUGAUUGCACAUGAUGGUUGCUAAUAUAUUGUCAUCAUAAAACAUCUUGUAAAGAAUUGGUACUAUACAGUAAAUCUUCACUCUGAAUAACAGUCACUUGCCUUCUUCAGCUCUAACGGUCUGUUGCACAAAUGUAUUGAUAUGAAACUGUUAGAAGUUACACAGUACCAAACUCAGAAAUGAUUUUUGCUGGAAAUUGAAUUCUGUUUGGUUGGUAGGAUAUGAGACUCUUGCAUGGAGGUUUGCAACUAGAAUCUUCCUGCAAGGAACAAUAACUUACUCGUAUAUUGUUUAGUAUAAAAAUUUGUGAUAAUCCAUUAAGUUUUUGUAAUUGCUGUACCAGAGCU